AUAUAUCAUACAUACUUAUGCCUUUAACAUAAAAACAGAUCUGAUAAUGAAGGUUCAAGUUGGACCUGCUUCUCAAGAUAAAGAUUCUUUCUUCGCAACAUUUAUAUGGUUUAUAACUAAGAUACUGAUUGUCCCCGCUGGAAGAAACUGUACUGGAGAAUAUGAAUUUAGAUUUCUAUCCUGGCGAUAUUUCUUCUGCUUUCUCUUGUGGUCAUUUACCCCUUCAAGUCUGAAUAUUAUCAUCCUUGCCACUGAAGCUCCAGGCAUCAUGGCAUAUCUUAGAAAUACAUCAAAUUUCAAUGAAAUUGUUGGGAUUGUCUUUUAUCAAAUGUUCUACUUCCUGAACAUCAUACUGCUCUUGGCUACCCCUAUCUGCAUGGGAUACUUAGUGGCUAAAUGCAGUGAUCUGAGAAAAUGUGAAACACUUACAUCCCGAAAAAUGGAAAUCAUCUCCUUUACAAUUGGUUUAAUAUCAGCAGUUGUUAUGUUGGGACUGGAAGAAAAUAAUGUUACACAGACAGUAUUUUUUUUUAUUUCUUGUUGGAUACAAGGUCUGCUAACUGUAAUUGCAAUGAUUUUGUACAACACUCAUGUUACAACAUUUGUAAACUAUUGCAAGCAGAUUCAGAAUUUAAGAAUUGAAAGAAAGGGGUUUGUAAUGAAGCAACUUCUAAUCAAAUAUACUCAACUGAAAAUUGGUUUAGGACCAAUUUCAAUGCUGUGGUAUAUAUAUACAGUUAUAAACUUAGUUUCUUGGAUGUAUGGAGUUAUUCAAGAUCCAAACUUACCUUUUUUGAUAUUGUUGAUCUCUUUUAUAAUCAAGAUUUGGAAUAUAUCUGCUUGUUGUCAAGAGGCUUAUAAAGCACUUCAAUCUGCUGGACAAGUUUUACGAGAUGCUGUUGAUCUAACUACAGAUGCAGACAUCAAGGAGGAACUACGAUGGAGAUGGUCGAUGGUUUGUGAAGAAACUGAAAUCUCUGCCUUGGGAUUCUUCUAUGUGGAGCCGAUCGACAUUCUCAAGGUUGUUAGGGAUAUAUCCGGAUCAUCCUGGGAUGUCAAACAAGAUCCUAAUCCGCCACAGAUGUUAGCACCUGUUUCUGCGGCAGAUGUGUUACCAUAUAGUUCUACAGCGGCAGAUGUGUUACCAUCUAGUUCUAUGGCAGAUGUGUUACCAUCUAGUUCUACGGCAGAUGUGUUACCAUCUAGUUCUACGGCAGAUUUGUUACCAUCUAGUUCUAUGGCAGAUGUGUUGCCAUCCAGUCCUCCGGCAGAUCUGCCACCUGGUUCUCCGGGAGCGGUGUUCAACCUGGGAUCACCAAUAGUAGAGGAUGAUCCGAUCGGUCCUCAAGAUCCUGAUGAACCAGUGGAAGUAAACCAACUUAUCCAAGUGGGAACUCUUAAAGGAAUCCUCCUCGACUUAAAAAUCGGGGGGAUUCAGUACAACAUAUCACGCAUUGCGAUAAGUAGUCUUCUGAAAAUUAUAAGAAAACAUUUUGGUAAUUUUCGUGACAGUUUUGCAUUUGAUCUUCCGAUGGAUAGCAGAACUAUUUAUAAAAUUUCAGAAAAUAUUCUUGUUCAGCAGGUUUCCUGUCAGCAGUAUAUCUUUCUUGAACCUAUAAGCAUACUAAAAAAGUUAUUUGCCGAAUACCGGAAAAAGAUUGGUCCAGUUCCAGAAAUGCUUUGGCUAAGUUUAAACAUUGAUGGUGUAUCCCCUUUUAAGAAAAUCAUGAUGACAGAGCCGGUAAAGACGGUAAAACGACCUGUCCGACCUGUCUCGAAGCCUGCAAGAUUCGACAGCUAUUGUUUGACUGAGGAAGAGGAAUAUAGACUGAAUUUCCCCCAACCACCCCGGGCACCAUACUUAGAUGAAGGAGGAGAGUUCGAAAGACAAGUUAUGUUGGAGACCAUGAACAGAUAUGGUGGACAGAAGAAAGAUGUGGAGAAGGAUAAAAAUCCAAAGAAAGAUCAGGUAUCCUAUGCUGAAUACAAUGGUUCUGGAUCUUUUGGUACAUUUUCAAAUCCUAAAGAUGUGAUGUACAGUUCCGGACUGACUCCUGGAGAUCCAUAUUCGUUCAGUGCUGGCCAUACUCCAACUCCAGAUCCAUAUUUGUAUAGUGCUGGCCAUACUCCAGAUCCUACUGCUUUCAGAGCUGUUCAGACUCCACCUGCUGCCUUCGGAGCUGUUCAGACUGAUCAGACUGAGUUUGGAGCCGGCAAGAUUCCAGAUCAUACUGCGAUCGGAGCUGUUCAGACUGGUCAGACUGCGUUCGGAGCCAGUAAGAUUCCAGAUUAUACUGCGCUUGGAGAUGUUCAGACUAAAAAUCCUACUCCAGAUCAGACUGCAAUCAGAUAUACUGCAGGAUUUUCUGCCACUUCUUUCACUCCACCAACUGCCUUCCGAGCUGUUCAGACUGGUCAGACUGCGUUCGGAGCCAGUAAGAUUCCAGAUUAUACUUCACUCGGAGAUUUUCAGACUAAAAAUCCUACUCCAGAUCAGACUGCAAUCAGAUAUACUGCAGGAUUUUCUUCCACUUCUUCUACUCCUCCUCAAGCGCCUGGAUUUUCAUGGUUGGAAUUCAUUGAAAUCAAGUUUCAAGAACUUACAGGUCUAGUGGAAAGCAAGUUUGAGGAGCUUUCUAAUAAGAUUGAAGAUGUAAGAAGAGGAGAGGAGAGGAAGGAAAAUGAUGAAGCCGAAGAUAACAACUCAGACGACCCUAGGAGCAAGUUACUGAAUGCCGAAAUGAUUAAGACCAGAGAUGAUGUUCUUGAAUUGGAACAAUUCUGUGCGACAAGGUCUGGGGCAGCUCAGAUUGAGACGUUGAUGGCUAGAUUCAGCAAGGGGUAUUCGUUUCUCCUCUUCUUGGGAAAUUAUGAUCCCUACGUAUCCUUCUCUGCCGUGACCUUUAAAGAAUCCUGCCCGCAGCUUGUAGCUGCUAUGCUUCGAGUGUACGAAGGAAAUAACGAGGCCGGAAGGAGUGCGGUCAGGAGGGGUUGGUCGGAAGUGUUCCACAGGUCAAAGAGUCAUGUGAAGGACAGACUUCAGAAAGCGGAGGCAAGGAAGAGAAAAAAGGAAACCACAACUGAAACCGAAACCGAUGAAACCGACGAAGCCGACACUGGAAUGGACAUUCAGAACUAAAAUUAUGACAUUAUGUUAAGAAAAUUAUAUUGUGUUAUUGUGAUAUUUUUGUAAACACGCAGUUUAACUGUAGCUCAUCUAUUUACUGAACACACAGUUCACUAUUAUUAAAUACGCAGUUAACCUGUUGGCUGUUGUAAAAUUAUGAAAGUUAUUGUGAAAACAGAUUUUUUAUUUUAAAGUUCAAAAUACACU